AUGGAUCCCUUUUCCGCAGAGGGUGAGCUCCUUACCAUCCACAGCGCCUUCCACGCCGGCCAAUACCAGGGUGUGAUCGACUUCGAGACCUCCGCGCUCUCCCCUGAGAACCAGAUCCCCGCCCAAGUCCUCAAGCUCCGCGCUCAGAUUGCCCUCGGCCAGUAUGACGAAGCCCUCGCCGAGCCCUCCAUCGAAGAAGACAGCCCCGACCUGUCGGCCGUCAAGGCCCUAGCCCUGCAGUCCUCCGGCAAGACAGACGCCGCCUUGCAGCUUGCGCAAGAGCUCGCUGAGAACUACCCCGAUAACAACACCGUGCAGGUCCUUGCUGCUACCGUGCUUCAGGCACAGGGCCUCAGCGAGGAGGCGCUGGCGCUGCUCGCCAAGCACCAGGGUAAUCUCGAGGCUGUCUCCCUCAUCGUACAGAUCCAACUUCAACAAAACCGAACCGAUCUCGCACUCAAGGAAGUUCAGGCCGCCAAGCGCUGGGCGCAGGACUCACUUCUGGUCAACAUUGCCGAGUCAUGGGUUGGCUUGCGAGUGGGCGGCGAGAAGUACCAAUCCGCGUUCUAUGUUUAUGAGGAGCUCGCCUCCGCACCCAGCACCACCGCACCACUAUCUAUCGUCGGACAGGCCGUCGCUGAGAUCCACCUUGGCCGUCUUCCUGAGGCCGAGGCCGCUCUUACCGCUGCUCUUGAGAAAUACCCCACCGAUGUAGAGUUGAUUGCCAACAGUGUCGUCUUGAAUGUAUUGGCUGGCAAGCAGACUGAGGACCUGGAGUCCCGUCUACAACAGGUCCAGCCUGCCCACCCCCUGCUCGCCGAUAUCCAGGAGAAGAGCGAGUUCUUCGAUACCGCAGCGGCCAAGUUCUCCGCCAAGGUCUCAUCCUAG